AUUCUGAGAUUUAUUUCAGAUUUUCUUGCUUUUCUGGUACUUUACAAUUUUAUCAUACCUAUUUCACUUUAUGUGACUGUUGAGAUGCAGAAGUUUCUUGGAUCUUUUUUUAUUGGUUGGGAUCUUGACCUCUAUCAUGAAGAAACAGACCAGAGAGCACAAGUAAAUACAUCAGACCUCAAUGAGGAAUUGGGACAGGUAGAGUAUGUGUUUACAGACAAAACCGGUACAUUAACUGAAAAUGAGAUGCAGUUUCGGGAGUGCUCCAUUAAUGGCAUAAAGUACCAAGAGGUCAAUGGUAAACUAACUCCAGAAGGGUUUUCUGAAGAUUCUCCAGAUGGAAACAGGCAUAGUUUGAUGAAAGAGGAAGAACUCUUCUUGAAAGCAGUUUGUCUUUGCCAUACAGUGCAGAUCAAUGCAGAUCAAACAGAUGGUGCUGAUGGUCCCUGGCAAGCCAAUGGAAUAGCAUCCCCAUUGGAGUAUUAUGCUUCCUCACCAGAUGAGAAAGCUUUAGUUGAGGCUGCAAGCCGGGUUGGAGUAGUGUUUACUGGAACUAGUGGGGACAGUAUGGAAGUAAAAAGUCUUGGAAAACCAGAAAGGUAUAAAUUGCUUCAUGUUUUGGAAUUUGAUCCAAAUCGCAGACGAAUGAGUGUCAUUGUAGAGAGUCCCUCAGGGGAAAAGCUUUUAUUCACAAAGGGAGCAGAAUCUUCCAUUCUUCCUCGUAGUAAGAGCGGAGAAAUAGACAAAACGAGGGUACACGUGGAUGAAUUUGCAUUGAAAGGGCUAAGGACUUUGUGCGUAGCCUACAGAAGAUUCACACCUGAGGAGUAUCAAGAAAUUGGCAAACGCCUUCAUGAGGCCAGGACUGCCUUACAACAACGGGAAGAAAGAUUAGCAGAUGUAUUCAACUUCAUAGAAAGGGAUCUGGAAUUACUUGGGGCUACAGGAGUAGAAGACAAGCUGCAGGAGAAAGUCCAAGAAACUAUAGAAGCACUCAGGUUGGCUGGUAUCAAAGUGUGGGUACUCACUGGAGAUAAGCAUGAAACGGCUGUUAGUGUCAGUUUAUCUUGUGGACACUUUCACAGAACCAUGAACAUCCUUGAGCUUGUGCAGCACAAGUCAGACAGUACAUGCGCAGAGCAACUGAGGCAGCUAGCCAAGAGAAUAAAGGAAGACCAUGUUAUCCAGCAUGGACUGGUUGUGGAUGGGACCAGCCUCUCUCUUGCACUCAGGGAACAUGAAAAACUGUUCAUGGAAGUUUGCAAAAACUGUUCUGCAGUGUUAUGCUGUCGCAUGGCCCCCCUUCAGAAAGCAAAGGUAGUGCGACUGUUAAAGACUUCUCCAGAGAAACCUAUAACAUUAGCGAUCGGUGAUGGUGCUAAUGAUGUGAGCAUGAUACAAGAAGCACAUGUUGGCAUAGGAAUCAUGGGCAAGGAAGGGAGACAAGCUGUAAGAAACAGUGACUAUGCAAUAGCACGGUUUAAAUUCCUCUCCAAAUUGCUUUUUGUUCAUGGGCACUUUUACUAUAUUAGAAUAGCAACCCUUGUACAGUACUUUUUUUAUAAGAAUGUGUGCUUUAUUACACCACAAUUUUUAUAUCAGUUCUUCUGUUUGUUUUCACAACAAACGCUCUAUGAUAGUGUAUACCUGACUUUGUACAAUAUUUGUUUCACUUCCUUGCCUGUCCUCAUAUACAGUCUUUUUGAACAGCAUGUGCAUCCGCAUGUAUUACAGAGUAAACCUGUGCUCUAUAGAGACAUCAGUAAAAAUGCCCAUCUGGGGUUUAAACCAUUUAUUUACUGGACCAUCUUGGGCUUCUUUCAUGCAUUUGUUUUCUUUUAUGGAUCGUAUCUUCUAAUGGGAGAAGACACUUCUCUGCUGGGAAAUGGCCAGAUGUUUGGAAACUGGACAUUUGGUACUUUGGUCUUCACCGUUAUGGUUAUAACUGUUACGAUGAAGAUGGCGCUAGAAACUCACUUCUGGACAUGGAUGAACCAUUUUGUUACUUGGGGAUCCAUUGUAUUUUAUUUCAUAUUCUCCUUGUUUUAUGGGGGAAUUAUCUGGCCAUUUUUACAUACCCAGGACAUGUACUUUGUAUUUGUUCAACUGUUGUCGAGUGGUUCUGCUUGGUUUGCCAUAAUCCUCAUAGUAGUUGCUUGUUUGUUUCUUGAUGUUGUGAAGAAAGUGCUGUACAGACAUCUACAACCAACAAGUACCGAAAAAGCUCAGCUUGCUGAGGCAGGUUCAGGUAUCAACUGCUUGGACUCCAUGUGCUGCUUCUCAGAUGGGGAAACAGCAUGCACAUCUGUUAGAAGAAUGCUGGAACGACUAAUGGGAAGAUGUAGUCCGACCCGGGUCAACAGAUCAUGGAGUUCAUCGGAUCCCUUCUAUGCCAACGACAGAAGCAUCUUGACUCUCUCCACAAUGGACUCGGCCACUUGUUAACAGGGACAUUUGUAAAUGCCUUGUGGAAGCCAUGGGGUGCUCACACACCUAUAGUAGGUUCUGAAGUGAGUUCAGUGCUACAUCCCAGCCCUAGAAAAGAGUAGCGUGACUUCUAAAUAGAAACCGUGGCUUGUCUUGUGGCCUGGCAUAAGUCACCUGGACAGUAAUAGCUUCCACUGUUUUUUUUUCUAAUGAUAUCAACAAAUUGCUAAAUAUUUUUUUUUAAGGGAAUGCUUUUACCUCUGACCAUUUAAUCUUGUUU